GACACAGCUUGCCACCCACUGGGGUAUUGGGGAGGCACAGCUGGAGACAAAAUGUAAUGCCCACAUUCAACAGGAGAUGGAUUCAGUGCAUGUCUGGAGGUGACUAGCGAGGGAGGGAGGGAGGUUGGCUGAGGAAGCUGCUAAGUGGAAGGAGGGCAGAGAGGCUGGGAUUCUCCCUUUCCCAGCACCCCCCCACCCCCCUUCCUUGCAGCCCCCUUCUAGCAUAACUGAUCCUCACAGUCCUCGUCCUUUAUCCCCUUCAGCCACAGUUGGCCAAAGUCCUCAAACACGGUAUCACCAUCUGUGGCAUAGUUGGUGUACAUAGGGGCAUCUGUUUUAGAAGCAGCUGUCUGGGGCCCGGGAACAGUGAUAUGGUCGUGGGGCUUGGGGUGCAUAAGAACAAAAGGCAGCUCCACGGAGACAUCCCCACCAUGAGACACUACCAGCUUCACCUAGACCUUGUAGGACAUCAGGAUUCCCAGCACCUCCUUGUUGGCACCCUCCUUCACAAUGGUGCUGGAAGCCAGGUUGGUGUCCUUGUGCUUGAGCUUCCCAUCGAGGGCAAGACCAUGCUACUUCCGGUUGUCACUGAGCAGCAGGCCAUGGCUUGUGGUCCCAAGAAGCAUCUGAAGCUUGUAGUAGUUCCAAAACAGUGGAUGCUGGAUAAACUGACUGGUGUGUUUGUCCCUCACCCAUCUACUCGUCCCCAUAAGCUGAGAGAGUGUCUCCAUCUCAUCAUUUUCCUAAAGAACGGACUUAAAUAUGUUCUAACAGAGAAUGAAUUAAAGAAGAUCUGUUUGCAGUGUUUUAUUAAGACUGAUGGCAAGGUCCAAACUGAUAUAACCUAUCCUGUUGGUUUUAUGGAUGUCAUCAGCACUGACAAGACUGGGGAGAAUUUCCACCUGAUCUAUGACACCAAGGGUUGCUUUGCUCUUCAUUGGAUUACACCUGAGGAGGCCAAGUAUAAGUUGUGCAAAGAGAGAAAGAUCUUUGUGGGGACAAAAGGAAUCGCUCAUCUGGUGAUCCAUGAUGUUCAUACCAUCCGCUGUCCUGAUCCCCUCAUCCAGGUGAAUGACACCAUUCAGAUUGAUUUGGAGACUGGAAAGAUCACUGAUUUCAUCAAGUUUGACACUGGUAAUCUGUGUAUGAUAAGCAGAUGUGCUAACCUGGGAAGAAUUGGUGUGAUCAUCAGCAGAGAGAGACACCCUGGUUCUUUUGAUGUAGUUCACGUGAAAGAUGCCAACGGCAACAGCUUUGCCACCCAGCUCUUCAACAUUUUUUUUUUAUUGGCAAAGGCAACAAACCAUGGAUUUCUCUUCCCCGUGGAAAGGGUAUCUGCCCACCGUUGCUGAAGAGAGAGACAAGAGACUGGCAGCCAAACAGAGCAGUGGGUGAAAUGGUCUCUAGAUGACAUGAUUAGAAGUCUUUAUACUUAAUUAAAGAUAAUACAACAUGAUAAAAAAGUAAUAAAGUUAUAUUUUUGUGGUAGCUAUUCCCAAGACGAUCACCUUCAUUUCUUCUUUGCCAACAUCACAUGCCAUCAAAGGAUGAAGUCUAUUUCUCCACACCCUUGAAUCAGCCUGUCACUGCUUUGACCAAAAGAGCACAGUGAGAGUGACACUCCAUCAGUUCUGGUCCUGAUCUUUAGGAUGAUGAUGGCUUUUGCCUUGGUCUCUUGGAUCCUGUAGCUGUCAUACAUAAAGUUCAGCUUCAGUGCUGAAGAGGUCCUGAGACUACACAGAGAAGAGAAGAGUCCAGCUGUGCCUCGUCUUUCAGUAUCCCCAUCCAGCCACCAGGUGUGUGAGAAAGCGGUCUUGAACUGUCCAGAAUAGCUCAGUUUCUAGCUAAAUGUCACAAAGUGACCAGAGUGGAUAACCCAUGCAACAGAUGAAUCACACAGUUGAGUCCUACUUGAAUUUGUGGUUAAUAAAAUUUGAGAUAUAAUAAAAGGUUGUUGUUUUAGGCCACUUAA